AUGGCAUCUGCCUUGCGAGCUCAAUUGCCAAUGGCGCUUCUUCUAUUAUCCAACUCUCAGCUUCAGUUGUCUUCUGCGUUGAACAUUCAGAUACCUCUGGUCGGCUCAAGUCAUGCCGGGUCUAGGGGUGCAGUGGCGAGUGAGAGCAAGAUAUGCUCCCAAAUAGGCAUCGAUCUAAUUGCCCAAGGUGGAAACGCCGCAGAUGCCAUGGUAGGCACGAAUCUCUGUGUGGGUGUUACUGGCAUGUAUCACAGCGGCAUUGGUGGCGGCGGCUUCAUGCUUGUUCGCAGUCCCGAUGGCGAGUACGAGGUCAUCGAUUACAGGGAAACCGCCCCGGCUGCCGCCUACGAGGACAUGUACCGUGGAAAUGUCAACGGAAGCAUCUUCGGUGGUCUCGCCGUUGGUGUUCCCGGUGAGCUGAGAGGUCUUGAGUAUCUACACAGCAAAUACGGAUCUCUCCCAUGGAGAUCCGUCGUAAUGCCAGCGGUAAAAGUUGCUCGCAACGGCUUUCCCGUGACUGAGGAUCUUGUCCGCUACAUGAAAGCUGCAACAGAAUCAGGCUCACCGAACUUCCUCGUGGAGGACCCAGCUUGGUCUCAAGAAUUCGCGCCGAACGGAACUUUGAUCGGGCUCGGAGAUAUAAUCAAGAGGAGACGUCUCUCCAACACACUCGAGAAGAUUGCACAUCACGGUGCAAGCGUCUUCUACGAAGGCGAUAUUGCGAAAUCCAUGAUCGAUAUUAUCCAGGCCAACAACGGCACAAUGACACUGGAAGACCUGAGAAAUUACAAAGUCUCCAGGCCACGGCCCGUGAGCGUGAAUUUCAGGGGCUACAAACUCUGGUCAACGCCAUCGCCCUCGAGCGGCGCCGUAUGUCUCUCCAUCAUGAAGACGCUGGAGCAGUAUCCAUCCGACGAGCUAUCACGGACUCCUGAAAACAUCAAUCUCACUACCCAUCGCCUCGACGAAGCUCUGCGCUUUGGUUAUGGCGGGCGCACCUCCCUCGGAGACCCAGCGUUCGUCCCGCACAUCGACGAGCUCGAGUCUCGCCUCCUGUCCGAAAAGUCCGCAGCGGCCCGACGCGCCCGGAUCCUCGACAACACGACACAACCAGUGGAAGCCUACGACCCCAACACCGAGGACCGCAGCAGCGACGGCAAGCACUUCUACGCCAACCCGGGCCACGGCACCUCGCACAUCGUCACGGCCGACGGCACCGGCAUGACCAUAACCAGCACCACGACCAUCAACCUGCUCUUCGGCUCGCUGCUCAUCACGCCCGACACGGGCAUCAUCCUCAACAACGAGAUGAACGACUUCAGCAUCCCCGGCGUCCGCAACGAGUUUGGCUUCGAGCCGUCGGUGCCAAACUACAUCCGCCCGGGGAAGCGGCCCUUGUCGUCCAUCACGCCGCUGAUCGCCGAGCGCGCUGCCGACGGCUCCCUUGCCCUCAGCGUCGGCGCGGCCGGUGGCUCGCGCAUCCUCAGCGCCACGUGCCAGGUGGCAUGGCGCGUGCUCGAGCAGGGUAUGGGCGUCGUUGACGCCGUCGCCGAGCCACGCCUCCACGAUCAGCUCAUGCCCAACGAGAGCUGGCUCGAGUGGGCGUUUGACAACUCCACCGCGGCGGGCUUGACGGCCAGGGGCCACAACAUCUCCUGGGUCCCGCCCAUCUACUCUGCUGUCCAGGCCGUGCAGAUGCUGGAGGACGGGACUUUAGUUGCGGCAAGAGAGACAAGGCAGAAGAACAGCGGUGGUCUGAGCAUAUAA